CAGAGUGGUUCCGAUUGUCUGGAUUGUUUACAUGUUUCUAGCGAAAAUUUUCUUCAAGUUCAAAAUAUUGUUUUGAAUUUUGAAGUUGGUCAUUUAAAUGGCGGCGAGGCAAUACCAUCUUAAGUUUGGGCCGUCGGCGGCUGCCUCUGUGGACGCUUAUGCGGAGUAUAAGAGGAUUGUAGGGGAUGAUGAUGGGGGAGUGAUGUUUACCCCAGAACAGUAUGAAGCUUACAAAAAGAGAGUGCUUCCUAUGAGAAUGAAAAACAGAAUUUUCACCAGCUGGGUUAAUCCAGAAGGGAUGGAUUGCAAGUUGGUGGGUCCUGAAACACUGUGCUUCUGUAACCACAGAUACCGACAACACAAGACGGACUUUGAAGUCCUUCCCCAGGACCGCCCUAUCCUCCUCCCAUGUAAAGUCAAAGGUUGUGGCUGCUACUCCUACGAAUACGUCCCACUGAAUGGAAGCCAGUUGAUUCGCUGUACUUGUAAACACUUCACGGAGGAGCACGCUGCCAUGUCACCCCACAGGUGUAAAAAUGGUAAAUGCGGUUGUUCCGGUUUCCACAGCUCCUACACCUGUGGUUGUGGGAAUCCGUACUCCAGUCACCACAUGUUGGUGGAAACCAAAGACGAGAGGCUGGCCCGGGGUCACCCUGUGGGUCAGGACGUCCCCUACCAGGCCAUGGGGGGCCUGACCGGGUUCUCCUCCCUGAUGGACGGCUAUAUGAGGCUGGACCCCAGUGGAAUAGGGGCCCCGUCCCAGGAGUUUCUGGAGCAGCCAAUUACAGCAUCAGACCAUCCUUUCUUACGGGCCAAUGUAACAUCCAUCAAAGCUCAUAAGAUGCAACAAAGAGCUCUCAAAGGUCAGCCUUCAGGCAGUGAGGUGGAUGAGGACUUAGCAGAGAGAAUGUCGGCCAUGAGGAGACCUGGGGAAACUGACAUGGACUAUUUUGAGAGGAGAUAUCAAGAGAGGCAAAAGGCAGAGAGACAACAGAGCAGGGCAAGAGUACAGGCCGCCAGGCAGCAGGCCAUAGGCAGGCGUAACCCUCCCCUUAAACCCGCCAAAAAGUGACCGCAACCCUCCUCUAAAACCUGCCAGGAAGUGACAGCAACCCUCUCCCUAAACCCACCAACAAAUGACCUAUCAAACACCUUCUUUAUAUUUUCCCUCACUGCAUUUGUCCGAAUAUAAACCAAUUCUAAUCAAUGUGACAAGACAAAGACAAAUAUAUAGUGAUGCUACUCGCUAUAACCUUUUAUUCACAUCACAUAUAUCAUAAAUUGUCUUUCUAUUACAGUUAACUGUGGAAUCAUUCAAAUUCAUGGGGGCCAAUUUUUUU